CCUGAGGAGGCGGAGGCGCCGGAGGAGCCGGAGGGCCUGCCGGGUCCUGGGCUCUUUGUUAGCUCAGGGAUGACCACUGGGCAGAGUCUGGGGACCUGGCCCUGAGGGCGCCGCCAGCCAAGAUCGGCCUGUUCAGCCUGGGCUGGGCGCUGGCGGGAGGACCCGGACAGGGUGCUGGACAAGCACUCCAGGGCAGAGUGACCGGCCUGUGUGGGGACCCCCUUCGCCUGGGCCUGGACCUGAGAGGGCAAAACUCCAUCCUUGGGACCUUGAACAAGUACAAUGCAGAAUCUUACUAAUAACAAUAUCACCUAAGAUUAGAGACAUAAUCAUCUGGAGGAAAUGCUGGGAGUAUGGCUGGAUGUAGAUGUCCGAAACUCUCUACAGCAGAUGGUCUUGUUUUAGGGGCUAUGCAGAUUAUGCUCGGCAUCUUUCAUGUUUUCAUGUGGUAUUUCCUAUUCGUCUUGUAUAUGGGACAAAUAAAAGGAGUCUUUGGGAAGUAUGAACCUAUAACUUACAAAACAGGAUGUUCUUUAUGGGGAAUUAUUUUUAUCAUUUCAGGAGUGUCCAUAAUAAGAGCAACAAAAUAUCCAAAUCAAAGACUGAUUACAUGUGCUUUGGUCACGAGCAUCCUGUGCAUAGUUACUGCAAUUGCUGCGACAGUUAUAACAAUAAUGGAGUUGGUUAAGUUUGAGUCUGUGUCAUAUAGGAAUUAUGGACAAGCGAAACUUGGGAGGGAAGUUUCAGCUAUUUUACUGUCCACCUACCCCCUGGAAGUUUCUAUUGCACUUGCAUACUCGAUCUUUGGCUGUAUUGGUUUGAGUCGUGGUAAUGAAGAUACUCUUUCAACUGUUACUAUAGAAGAAGCUGAGAGCCCUCUUUAGAAACUUUAGAAAUGUGAGAGUUUUUCCUGGUGCUCAUACCUGAUGGGGCCCUAAUGAUAUUUCUGCAUAACAAAGCUGCUACAAAGCCCACAGAUUUUGUGCAAAGGAAAAUACAAAACAAAUUGGAUUUUUCCUCUAAGUAUUCGAGAAAUCUCUCCAGAGAUAUUUUUGUAGGCUCCUACUGGAAAGCUUUUCCCUAUUUACAUAUGCUAUUAUUACAAGGAAGAAUUUAUGUUCUAGGUACUCUGAGUAGCUGUCAACUCUCCCUAAUGGAGCUUUUGUAAGAGACCAUAAAAAAAGAUUUGUGAUUGUCUCUAGAGUUCAGGCUACAAAGACUUGGAGCAUAAUAUUAUAUAAUUCUGAGGAAAACGUUAAAUAAUUUAUGUCCCUACAAGUAAAGAAUACAUUUCAGUCUGAGUUCUUCUGCCUGAGCUGGCUCCUACCUGAACAAAGUGUGACUCAAAAGGCAUCCAUUCAUAGUCCCUUCAUUGUUCUUCUCUGACUGCUCCUCUCCUCAUUAAAGUUCCUUUCUGCCCUGAAA